AUGAUUGAAGAAAAUAUUUUAAAACUUGAUACGCUACCACCAGAAAUUAUUAUUGCAAUAUGUCGAAAAUUAUCACUAUUGGAUAAAUGUAGUGUAAGUAAAGUUUGUAAAUGUUUUCAAAGGAUAAUUUACGAUAACUUAGAAUUUUGGAGAUUUCUCGAUUUAUCACCAUUUAGUGAGAAUCUCACAAACCAACAUUUGUUUAAUAUAUUAAGAACAAGAUGGAAGUCAAAUAUAAAAGGUCAACGUUUAGAUUUAAGUGGGUGUCAAUUAAUUAAUUCUUAUGCACUUGAGAAAUUAGCAGCAAUGUAUUCGGAUUUUCAAGGGAUCCAUUUAAAUAAUGAACCACGUUAUGAUACAUGGAUUUCAGAUGGUGAUGGUUAUAAUGAUAAUGAAUACAAUGAUAAAUGGUUAAAAUUAAAGUAUUAUCAUAAAAGUCCUACCUUCACAAAAGCUGGUAGACCAGGAUUAUAUCAAAAAUGGCGAGUUUCGCAUUCACUAUCAUCAAAAACACAAUCAUGGAUCAUCGGUGAUAAAUCAAUUCAAUUAAUUAUACAAAAAUCUUAUAAAACCUUAAGUCAUCUAUCACUUGGAAAUCAAAAACUUCGUCAUGAAACUGCUACUGCAAUUGCAUCUUGUUCACAAUUACUUUAUUUAGAUUUAUGUGGCACAGAUUUAAAUGAUGCCUCUUUACAAGACAUUUUGACAAAAACUAAUAAACUUGAAUCUUUAAAAUUGUUAGAUAUAGAGUUGACACCGAUGACUUUAAUGAUAAUAAGACUUUUGAAAAAUUUACGGUUAUUGCAUAUAAGUGGACUUAAUAAAAAAAAUUUAAAUUCAAGAUCAAUAUCUGACAUGUUAAAGAAUUUAUCGAAUUUGCAAAAUUUUAGAAUGAAUCAAACAAUGAUUGGUGAAGUUGACCGAGUGAUUAUAGAAGGGCUUUCGUGGGUAUUUUGUGACGGACCAGUAGAAACAUUUAAUGUCAUGUUAGAGAAUAAUCGUAAUAACAAUAAUGGCAUAUCGGUAAAACAAAACAGAACUUCACUACGUUACCUUGAUCUUUCACCUAAACUUGAUAUUUAUCCAAGAAGUCAAGAAAGUCAUGUUCAAAUAGAACAUUAUAUAACAAUUAGCAAUUCAUCAUUAUGGUCAUUAUCUGUUAACCAUCCUUUUUUGGUUUCUUUAAGGAUAUUUAAUGCUUAUGCUAUAAGUGCAGAAGGAAUUGAUGUAUUGUUAUCAAAUCUUCAUUAUUUGGAAUAUUUGGAAUUGAGAAGAUGGCGUGGUAUGGAUUUAGAUCCAAUCAAUAGAUUGACACCAUCUUAUUGUCCAAAAUUAAAAGAGAUUGUAUUACACGGCAUUGAAAUAUCGGAUUUUGACGAAUGGAUAAAAGUUGUUGAAAUUGAUCAAAAAAAUGAUGACGACUCCAUUACUAAAAUAAAUUAUGUUGGAUUUCGAAAUUUGGAGGUAUUGGAUUUGACUGAUAUUUCUGGUUAUUGUGAUAAACAUUUUGAUUUUAUGGUGGUACAAUGUUCAAAACUUCAUAAAGUCAGACUAUUAAAAACUGGUGUUAAAGAUCUUGAUGAAAUAGUUAAAAAAAGAAAAAGGAUUAUUAUAAACAACGAUUCCGGAAAAAUUUUGAAUUAUGAAUUUUUCAAUCGAGAAAAAGAUAAGACAAGACAGAUCAAACGUCAUCUAAUUUCAAUAAAGUUAUUAAACGAAGUCCCACUUGAAUAUAUUGCGGAUCCUGCAAGACACGAAGAAGCAGAAAUGGCAGAAAACGAUAGAAAUGGUAAAAGUGAUAAUUUAUUAAGUCAUGAACUUCAUCCUGUUGCAGGACAAAAUCCUGGUGAAUUGUUACCACUAAGACAAGAACACUCCAUACCUCAAACUACAAAACCCAUUUACAAUGACACAAACCAAACAGAAGAUUAUUACUAUCAGCGAUAG